AUGCACUUUAAGCGGAGUUUCAAUACGCGUCGCGUCGCGACUUUCUGUUUGACACAACGACUUGGGCUUGGAACGUCUCAUCUCGCCCUACGUCAAGAAAGGAUGUCGUGUGACGAUGAGCCCUCACUUAGAGCUCACUUACGUGAACUCCUCCUUGAAUACGCAUAUACUCACUUGACGGUCGACUAUAUGGAAUAUUCCCGCUCACUCGUAUCAGGCAUUUCAGAUAAGAUCCUGAAGCCGAUACCAACUCAUGAACCCGGACAGCUCGUCCUCCCGACUGAUCCCUUCGACGACCUCAAGAAAAAAUUCAAAUUUGAUAAUUUAACCGCUUACGAUGAGGUCUUGGAACCUAACCCCGAGACAAUGCAGCUACUGAAACGGAUAUACUCUGCGCCAAAAGGAAGGCCAAGAACUCAAACCGUCUGGGAAGAAGAGGAUGAUUUCGAAUAUGAAACCAUGCCUCAUCGUCCGAUGACACCCAUAUUGUCACGCUCUUCGAGAAAUAAGACGCCGUCUCUUGGGAAGAGGGUACGGAAGAAAUCACUAGCAACCUUCGUUUCCUCCCACGGAGUACUAGGGAUUACGAAUGAAGACGUCCCCGAGGAAAAACCGAUUAAGAUUGAAGACUGUCUGGAUACAAAAUUAGUCGUAGAUCCUUCUAUUGUAUCGGAUUUAGACAAAUGCAUACAAGGCAACCCUUUUCUCUGUCGUACCGCCCCGAGGAUUCCGUCGCAUGCAACGGAGUUCCUUCGAUCUGUGUCUCCUGUCUAUCAAGAGAAAUUUAAACCUAUGUCCCCGCCUGUAUUUCCCCGUGUACAGCGCUCGAGGCCAUUCAAAGUGAAAUCCAAAGAUAGUAUUCUAGGCCAAAUCAAUCUAGCACCUGUAGAAGUAGACGACGACGAACCAGAUAUCGCAAAUGCAAACAUGAGUAUUAUAGAUGGGUGGACUACUAUCCCAACUAGUACUUCUACUCCCUCACUUUCAUCCGGAGCAAGUGACGUGGAUGAGUUGGAGGAAGAAGCGGAUUUCUGGAAACCAUCGUCGGAAGGUGGCUCGGGUGAUAAAGCAAUAUUGCAUGAAGCAAAGAUGGAAGAACCAAUCUUCCCUCGUGCGAAAAGACCUCGAGCUGGUGCGAUGAGCAAAGCGGACGGCAAACAGAAAAUAAGCCUUUCAACAUUCAUCUCGUCACGUCUUCCCCACAAAUCCGUGUCACGAGGCUACACUUGUUCGGAUUCUGACGACGCGGCGCGUACACUAUCGGGACCUCCUUCGGCCGCUGGAAUAUCUGAAUCCAUGCUUGGACAGCCCCCUUCCGAGUCUGACGUCCCUUCAGCAUCACCUGGUCAUUCUGCAGGAGAUUCCCUUGAUAGGGAGAUUAGGAAAAUGUUAAAGGCCCAUGGUGGCUAUGCGAAGAAUCAGUCUUACCAAGAUAUCAUCCUGAACGAAAGGUUGGAUGAUAAGGAAAGCAUGUUCAUGAACGUUCCAAAACUUUCGCCGCCGAAUGAGUAUUUACGGAAGAGCCGAGGAAAAGGAGUUACAAAACCCGGCUCGAAAUCAGAAGGUACUACGAACAAGCCGAAUUUCGUUUUGCCCAUCACUCCCAAGAAAGUCUCAGGGCUUAAGUCUCUAAAUUUAGAGCUCAGUUGGCGACCAUUCUCGUACGGAGCAAAGAUACCGACACACACUGACCUGCUCGGUGUAGAGUCACUCCUCUCUAUAGAUGAUAACCUUCGGGAUGAGCAGAAUGCCCCGAUUACUUCCGACUCUGUUGAGAAAAUCCUGGCAGGCUUAAGCAUCUCUGCUAACUUCGAGGACCAGGCACAAUCUAUAAACACUAUCGACCGUACUAACGAACACUUCCUGAAAGAUAUAAUUUCCGACAUCGACUUAAACAGCAUUUACCCAAGAUUCGACCCAAAUAGGGACUUUGACGAUGACAAUACUUACCUACUCUCUCGCUCUGAUCGACGUGCUCUCGCAAUGCACCAACUAAAUCAACAUUACACUACUGCUAACGAAAUACUGCCCUUCGACGAUUCUCAAUCUAAUGAAACUUUGGACUGCUCUUCGGCAAUCACCCCAGAAUUUGAUGCUCAAUUUCAAGGAACGCAGAACAUCGCUGAGACCAGCGCAUAUACUCACAUUUCGCAGCCUAAUGUGGACGGAUUGUCUGCUCGUGAACGCGACAAUAACUACGACGACGACGAUUACCACUACGCUUGUGAUGAACAAGAUAAUUCUCACCUCAAGAAGAGACGCCGACUAAGUAACGCGGAACUAGAUGCUCUUUGCGCUAUGGAGACGAUGUCUCAGUCCUGCUCGCUCACUGUCGAUCCUAAAGACCUCACACUUCUACCAACGGACAACUUCUCUUACACACUCGAGCACAAUACUGAUUUCCUGUCUGUAAUACCUGUUCAAAACUCUCAAUGCACUCUGGCAUCUUCUGAAUCGCUAUCACUUUCAUUGAGCGAGGACAACUUGCCGCAGAAAUCGCUUACCCUGAAGGUCGCUGACGACCCUAUGGCAAUUACGGAGGAAACUCAUGGAGCGUACGGCGAGCGCAGGGUAGCUCUUGGUAUCCAUAGAGAAGCUGUUAACGACGACGAAUUCCGGGCUCUUAAGGACCAGCAAGAGGACGUCUCUGUACUGGACUAUGAACUUCAACAGCACCAACGACUGUACCCAAGCGAAUGUCCGCCUGUAGAACGAGGUUUUACUCCCGAAGUUCAGCCUGCACGGCCUACCGUUGACCAACAAGACGUCUCACGGACUGGAAGGACUGGAGUGCAUAGCAACGGCAAUAGCAUACGCCUAAAGAACUUGGAAGGGCCUCAACACGCAUCCUUUUCAGCCUCCCCUUAUCAUUCACUUUCCACAUUUCUUCACGCUCGAGGAAGGAAAAAUAUUUCCACUUCUCACAAAUCUGCAUUAGUGCCUGAAGACCCUGAGCCGAGUUGCGACGUUCGUGACACCGAGAGCGGCCAUGCGGAAAAUGAGUCUUACCGAGUCUAUUAUUCUGCUCCUCCGGAGCUACUCUCUGAUACUCGGGCAUUCACCAUACCAGACACUUGGGAGCCACCGACGAUAGAGCAUGCAUAUUUGGUCUCCGUUGAUCUUCUACAGCAACAAGCUUUAGUACGGGCACUAGAAUCUCAUUGUGCGAUCCAACUCAAAGAACGUGAUACUGUCUCUCCUCCGUUCAUUCCGACUUCUGUUCCGAUAAGUCCUCAGCCAUUUUCUGCAGAAAUUUCCUUGAUAGUGGGACCAGAUGCAGGAGUCGUGUUCUUCCCUCUUUCGGCAAUUCCUUCGCAAAAUGCUUACAAGACUUUACUUGAUGCACUGGCAUUUCAUUCUUGGCGAUUUUCUCACAUCUUGCUCGUGCUAAUGGCGUUCCCUCGGUCUCGGCUUAUGCGAGCUGCGAGUCUAGAUGAAGAGGACAGAGAUGGACCUAGUUCUUAUAGUCCACCCGUUUUAAAGGCCGCUCGUCGUAUACGGCGUGAUCUCGGACUUCGUGAGGGUACUGGAGAGAAGCAUACAGGGUGUACUGUUGAACUAGCAUUUGCGGAUAACGUUGAACACGCUGCGAAGCUUGUUAGAGCAUUUGGUGACACAGCACUCCGUGACAGUGUUGUAGACUAUACACAGUACAUCGGUGAGGAGGAACAAGAGGGUGAACGCGAUCUAGCCGAACUGGAGGGGAUGAAUACGUACUGCGCAGCUGUUAUCCUACGCUGCUGCACACUUGAAGAGUUUCUUGAGAUGCACCCCAAGCACCGUACGGAAGGCCUCGUGGACUUGAUCGGGAAGGAAAGAAUCGAACGAGUAAAUGCUAUUUUGAACAGAAGAAUACAGGUAAUGGACCUGGACCUUCCGUCGUCUUCGGAAUUUUCUUCGCUGAAUUAA